UAUGGUCUGCUACUGGGAAGCUAAAAUUGAUUUUAUUCUUAAAAGAAUAGCUAAUUGUUUCUGUAAAACUUAUAAAACGAUUAAAAUUAAUAAUGAAAAUGAGGCUGAUAAAUAACAACCAAAUGAAAUUUGA